CAAAAGCAUAACUACACCGUACCAGCGCAGCAGCCACACAACACGAACACCAUUCCGAUUUCCGAACCAACCAUCCAUUUGUCGCCCGCCCUCGCUGCCGUCGCCGCAGCACCGCGCAAACGCAGGGAGACUGUCAGCGUCCCAGGGCUAUUGGCGAUGGGGAUCCACCUCCUGGCGUUCGCCUUCGUGCAGGUGUUCCAGGCCUCGGCGCCGCUGCUGUGGCCGCUCAACCUCUGGCUGCCCCGCCACCUCCCCCAGGUCUGCGCCGUUGUCUCCGGCGAGAUCGCCGCCCACGUUGCCUGGCUGCGCCGUGCCCACGCGAGGCGCCGGGACGACGACGAGGAGGUCCGGCGCGAAUCGUUGCUCUACGCCGCGUACUGAGAUGCUCUGACCGGACAGUCUAUUCAGAUUCGAUUUUUAGUUGAUUUCUUCGAGCGCUAGCUGCGGCAUAUGUGUGUAUGUUGGUUGUAGCAUCGAUCUGUAAAUACACAAGUAAUUUCUGUAGGACCGGCUGAUUCCGUCGGGAUUAUUCUCUUUGUUUUGCUCCAGUAUCUCAAAUACAAUUGUACAGUCGUUCUUCGGGA